AUGCUGGCAUAUGGCACAGCAGCUGAUGCAGUAGACGAAUACCUCCGAAUCGCUUCAAGCACGGCGCUGAAAUGCUUGCAUAAUUUUGUGAAUGCAAUCAUAUAUUUUUACGAGGACGACUACCUCAGAAGGCCAACACCAAAUGAUCUCAAACGAUUACUCAAGGUUGGAGAGAAGCGUGGAUUUCCCGGCUCUAUUGGAAGCAUUGACUGUAUGCAUUGGGAGUGGAAAAAUUGUCCCACGGCUUGGAAAGGACAAUAUUCACGGGGCCAUGGAAAACCGACAAUCGUUUUAGAGGCUGUGGCGUCCUAUGAUCUAUGGAUUUGGCAUGCAUUUUUCGGACCCCCAGGUACUUUAAACGAUAUUAAUGUUCUCCACCGUUCACCCGUGUUUGAUGAUAUAUUAGAAGGUCGAGCUCCAAAGGUGUUGUUCUCUGUUAAUGGAUACCGAUACAAGAUGGCUUACUAUCUCACGGACGGUAUAUAUCUGGAAUGGUCGACUUUCGUCAAACCAAUUACGCAGCCAGAAGAACCGAAAGCAAGUCUAUUUUGUUACCAUCAAUCGUUUGCCCGGAAAGAAGUUGAGCGCGCUUUUGGAGUGUUGCAAGCUCGUUUUGAAAUUGUCAAAAACCCAUCUCUUACUAUGGAUAAGCAAAAGAUAUGA